ACUUCAGACCAGUCGCCAUGUAAAUUUUUUUGAUGUGGGUGUUGUGUCUCGGCACGUCAAAUGCUUCAAUGAAUUUUAUUAUUCUCAAGAGAACAUUGAUUUCGUGUAAAUCGUUAUAUUAUUUGUAAAUUCUUGCUGAUUCUUAGUCCAUAUUGUGAACAGUGAAACAUAUUGUGUUGUGAUUGUGUACCAUUUAAUCUGGUGACGGCGGGUAAUAGAUUGGAGGGGGAGCUGCUAAAAUACUACGAUAGGAUAGUAGAGACGUUUUACUACUCGGGAAGUCGGGAGCGCUAAGCGCUUACAAAAUUUCUCAUCUCGACGCGAGCGAUUACGGUCUUCCAUUUUGUUUUAAUAUGCAGUUUGGUUGUUUACGGUGUGCAUCGUGUACAGAGCAAUUGCAAGCCACGAAGGCAGGUGCGAUAACAGCAGUGGGUGCUAUGUGGUAGCGGGAGGCGGUGAUGCAGCGAGAGCACGCGGGCGGCGCCCCCCCGCCGCAGGCCUCCGCCCCCGCCCCCGCUCACCCUCAUUAUCGUUCACACGGCCACUACCCAGAUAUUGAUGAUCAGAUUCCUGCUUCUGUGAUAAGCAGUGUCGGCACAGUGAGCCUGUCACAAUCAUCUACCAACCAUAAAAACAUAAACAUGGCCAAUCCGACUAAUCUCGGCAACGCCAGCAGCGGCAACGCUACUCAGUCGACGGUCCAUCAAACGCCAACACAAAACCCAGUGAGGAAUCUGCCCAAGAAACGCAAAUUUGACCCUUCCUCGCUAGAGGAGAUGCAGCAGACCUGUCCCAAUAAUAACACGAUCAACACUUCGACGGCGUCGGUACUCGACUUCCACAAUUACCAACGGCCAGUGCUCCAACCAUCGCCAAUAGUACGGCAAUCUCCACCUCAAGACGUGAAGCCGUUUUUCAUCCAAUACCCAAACAUUGAUUUGUCCGAAUGGCGUGACCACCGAGUUUUGGCCAAGCAACGGGGCUUUUAUGUACCCGGAGCGAUAAGACAUGCCGAAGGUUGUAAAGUGACGGUAGAGUUAGACGGUUAUGAAAACGAACCUGUCGAAUACAGUGACGUGUUUGGUAUGAACAAACUGGAUGUUAUCGGCGAUGCCAGCCCGCAGAUGAGCCAUUUGCUGAUGGGUCUGCCGUGCGUCGUGCGUACCUCUGACCCCAAUCGAGAAAACGUUCAAAAUGUAUUCGUCGAAGGUUUCAUCUUAGAGGUGUUAAAUUCGCCAAUAAGGAUACGUGUUGAGGUGAGAGAUGGCGACCUGUGCAAGCAGGCGGUGGAAGUGAAGCGAGCGGAUAUCCGGCUGAUGCAGCCACCCUGGGCUGAUGAACUGGAAGACGCCGGCUCCCACGUGUCCUCGUCACUGCACGCGCAUCCAAUGCGAGUACACCAUCCGCCGCAUCAGAUCGGCGGCGACCACUUCUACACCUCUUCUCCGAUGCCCGGCGCCGGUUCGGGCGUGGUCACGGUCGGGGCGCUUUCGAACGGUUCGAUGGACGAGCUGAGGAAGCGAACCUUCGACGACUACCCGGAGAGCGAUGACGAACUGCGCCGCGAGGACAUCAUGUUCUCAACUGAUGUAUCGCACAUGGAUUGCAGCAACAGUAAACGCAGCAGCCUACAGAGCCGAGGCAGCGCAUCGAGUCUGCUUGAGCGCAGCCUCACACCCCGAUCUCAACCCCCUACGCCUAGAUCUCAAGCGGCAACCCCGCACAAAUAUAAGAAGGGCGAUGUCGUAUCGACUCCGACCGGUAUAAGGAAGAAGUUCAACGGCAAACAGUGGAGGCGGCUGUGUUCGAAGGACGGCUGCACUAAGGAGAGCCAGCGGCGGGGCUUCUGCUCGCGCCACCUGUCGCUGCGGGGCGUCGCGCGCUCCUCCAACACGCCGCUCGCGCAGGGCUCGGCGCACACGCCGCAGCAGAGGAGUAGCAGUAAAUCUUUGUCGUCUAGCGGCACGGGCGUCGAGGGAGACGAAACGUCCCGGGAGAGCGACACCACGCCCCCUCACUACAGAGUCACGGGGAGGUUCGACCCCGACGAGACCGAGGCCGCCAACAUGCUAGUGUCGCUGGGCAGCUCUCGGUCGGGCAGCCCGGGCGCGUCCCCGGUGGGCGGGGGCGGGUCCCCGGGGCUCCGCAACAACCUGUUCGUGCCCAUCUCCUCACCGCAGCCCCCGCACUCCGCCCCGCACACCGCGCUCUACCACCACCAUCUCAUCAGGCCUGAAGUGAGACCGGGAAGAGUCAGUUCGCCUAUCGGAGGAGUGGCCACCAGCGUUAUAAGAGUCUCACCCGCCCCGAGCUAUCACUAUCCGGUUGAAAACCGGAACGGAACAUCAGUAUUGAACGCUCCUUCGUCGCAGUCAAACGUCGUUGGCGCUCAAAGUGCGGGCCACACCGCCCAGAGCUUGAUACAGACGAGUGUGACGGCGCCCUCGUCCGGCCUCGUGAGUCUGCCGGCCGGCGUGUCGCUCAACCUUAACGCCGCGAGCCAAGCCGGCGCCGCCCCCACCGCGCGCCCCGCCGACUUCGCACAGAACCUGGUCGUGCACAGAGCCGUGCCCUCCGCCAACGGCCUCGACCUUGACCACAACAUGUACCGCCAGUCGCUGCUGAGGAACGGCAUCCACGAGUCGUAUCGCCGCGAGACUGAUGUGUCGCCGCCCUUGAGCCACGAGAACUUUGGGAAACGGAGGGCCUCCGAGUACGAGGACGACGACCACUCCGUGCCGCAGCGAGACCACAACGUGCUCCGUAGCGUGAUGGACAGGCCUCCGGAACUCUCAGAGGCUCGAGUGACCGUGGAGGAAAAGAGAAUAUUGAAGCCUUCGCCACUGCCGGCCAGGUUGCUUCCCGUCGUGCACCCGGAGGUCAAGCAAGAACCGAUCAAAACUGUCUAUGUGAUACCGCAGAAUAUUAUGGACAAAAAGUAUUUUUUAAUCAAAAACGAACCGCCUGAAACCGUCCAUAUAGAACAAAAGUUGAAUCACAUGACUCAGCAAUUAAACAAGAACGAUUCAGAGACCGAACACAGAAGUUUGGAUAAUGGUGACCAUGUAAACAGUAUAAACGUGAACAGCAGUGCCGUGAUAGUACAUCCGAAUCAGUUGUUGCCCGUUCUACCGCCGCCCACGUCACAUACGGCCAUUAUCGUAUCGAGCGGAGUAUCGUGCGGUGCAUUCCCGUGGCAGUCCCUGGUGCCGCUACUGAGCGCCCCCAGCCCCGGGCCCGCCUCCGCGCCGCCCUCCCCGCGCACCCCGCACACCCCUCACACUCCGCACACGCCGCACACACCGCACACUCCUCACACCCCGCACACGCCCGCGCACAUCAAGUCUGAAGACCAGAUCAAGACUGAGACUAAUGACACGGUGACGUCGAUGUGUACAGACGAAGAUGACGAAGUGUUCGAAUGCGACGAGCCGGCUUCGGGCGAGGAUUCCAACAAGCGACGCUCUCAAAGCUUAUCAGCUUUGAAUUCGCCCGCAAGCACCUCUGAAAAGAAAGAGCGCCGCAUAAGACGUCCGAUGAACGCGUUCAUGAUAUUCUCGAAGCGACAUCGGCAAGUCGUCCACCAGAUGCAUCCGAACCAGGACAACCGCACCGUCAGCAAGAUACUCGGCGAGUGGUGGUACUCCCUCAAGCCCGAAGAGAAACAGAAGUACAAUGAAUUGGCCACCGAGGUGAAAGAAGCUCACUUCAAAGCACAUCCGGAAUGGAAAUGGUGUAACAAAGAUCGUAGGAAAUCUUCGAGUAGCAAAGAUCCCACUGGGUCUAUACCGCAGAGUCCUCGUACUCCUUCAGAAGUACCGAGCAGCGCUCUCCCGAGCUCAGUGGACGUUCCAGUUAAUAUCUCCGCCUACAACCACGUCGGCUCGCCGCAGCUGAGCGACGACGAACCCAUGAUUACUCAAAUGUGUACCGAAACUCCCGCCUCGUCUCAAAACCUUGAGAUAGAUCUCAAAUGCGGUGAGAAGGUCACGGAUUCUGAUUCCGAGGGUAUCGAUACGAGGGAUUACCUACCUUCGCAUCACGAUCACACGAGAAGACCUAAACCCAUUAAAGCUAGAGCUGGGUCCUCCGACAAUUUAUUGGGCGGCAUCACGGCUUCCAGUCCCGGCGGAUCUAAAGUGUUCCAACCCACCGGUGGAGCCUUCAAGUCUACACAUGCGGAUCCGGGCGACGGUCACCGCCAGUGGACAGCGUUCAGCACAGUGAACAAGACGGCUAUGCCCAACCAAGUACCUAGCUCUCCUCACGUACCGCAGCCGCCACAGAGCCAGCCAACCGCUAACAGCACGCAGAGCCUCGCCACCAGCGUUCAAGGGAUAACACUAAACACGCCCAAUCUAUCGACGCAAGCCGCUCUCGAUAACGCCAUAGCGUCGAUAAUGAACUCCCCAACCGCCACUAGUGGUGUGCAAGUUAUAUCGAGCGGCAUAUCGAUGCCGAAUCAAUCGACUCAACAAACUUCGACAACAUCAGCUCUGAGUAACGCUCUAUUGAGGAGUGUCACAUUUGUAAAGAAGACGAUCGCUGAUAAUCCUCUGUGUCCGCUAACGUUGUCGGUGGACGCAUCGGGCAACUUGCUGCUGAAGCCGAGCGAGGCCAGCGACGGCGCGCACACCGAGAUGCAUCAACAGCCUCUGCACUACGUUCACUUGCAGAGACUGUAUCUACCGCACUUCAACACGGUAGAUACAAGCAGCCCCGCAACUCAGACAAAUCAACAGCAACAACAGCAACACCAGCAUCAACAGCAACAGCAACAUCAACAACAGCAUCAGCAACAGCACCAGCACCAGCAGCAACAGCAACAGCAACAACAUCAACAACAACAGCAACAUAUUCAACAACAACAGUAUCAGCAACAACAACAACAUCAGCAGCAACAACACCAACAACAGACGCAACUGCAGCAUCAAUUGAACAUGCAAAAUGGUCCAACCGUGAUCGUCUCUCAGAGCAACAGUCAUCCCUUACCCAAACCCAUAUCUGAGUGGGGGGAAGUGGAGGAAACCCGCCCUUUCCCGCUGGCGCCCACGCCUGCGCAGCUUGGACGGGCGCCUUUGCAAAAGAGACUCAGUCGGGGCACCUCGACGAGCUCAUCGAACUCCAACGAGCAGACUGCUCCGCUCCCGGACAGCAGCAACGCGUCGCAUCAACUGAAUCAGAACAUGAACGAGCCGUCGCCCUCGCCGCAGCCGCCCCCCUCCGCCGACAACCUGCCCAGUCCCUCGCACAAGAAGAGCCUCUUCAAGAAAGGCAACGAAGAUGGACGUGACAAAGUGCUGGAAACGGUGAAUUUCGAGCAGAAAUUCAGCACCCUGCCGCAAUUCAAGCCGGAGGCGUGCAGCCCUAGCGCGAUGGUCGUGCCGCGGAGUCCGCAGCUCUAUCUCAGGAAGAAGAAGCUUGGUAUAGACGACGAAGGCAAUACGAUCGUGACGCCUCAAAUAGAAUCGGAAGUGCUGAACGGGAACGGCAUCCCGACCCCGCACACCUCCACCAACAAGCUGGUCGGGAACACGUUUUUCGGACCGGACUUCAAUCUAGAGACGUUUCGAGUGUCGGAGAGCGCGGAGGAGAUGUCGCCGCGCACGCCGGUGUCGGGCCCGCGCGGCGAGGCCGGCCACCGCAAGGUGUUGGAGCAGCGCCGCCACCUCGUGCUCAAGCUGUUCAAGGACCACGGCAUGUUCCCGACGACACAGGCAACGACCAAUUUCCAGGCAACUCACAUGGACAUAUUCCCAACAAAAACAUCCCUGCAAUUGAAGAUACGCGAAGUUCGACAAAAGCUGAUGGCGCAGUCGAACAACUUGACACCGCAUUCGGAGGUCAACACACCGACGAAUGUGAAUUCGCCACUCGUGUCGGCUCCAUUGCAUUCCACGUCGACGGCCAGUUAGCGACGACGUUACACCAUCUCCAUUGUAGUGCAGGAGUGAGAGAAAUGGUGACCACAAUUUUAAUAAAAAAAUAAUUAUUAUAAUAAUUUCUUACUAAAUUGUUUUCAAAACAAUUCGUUGUUAGAGUAGAGAUGUUCUGUAACGUGUAAAGAAUAUGGUUGUGUAUGAGGUUUUCGCACUUCGACAUGAAACGUUCUAGUGAAAUAUAUAAUGCUAAUGAAUGCGUUCAUGGUUCACACGCACAUUUAAAAUCAUAAAAUAAUAAAAGAAAAAGGUUUUAUUAGAUUAAAACUACAAAAAAAAA